AUGGCAAAUCAUGUACCCAACGAAAUCAUUAUAAUUAUCCUCUCAAAUUUACCGGUGAAAUCCCUUUUACGAUUCAAGUGUGUUUCUAAGCCAUGGAAUUCUUGGAUUUCAAGCCCAAAAUUCCAGCUCUCGAAUCAACGACGACAAGGAGCGAUCUCCAUGGUGUUUAAACUUUAUGAAGAGCGCAAAAAAGGUUAUUCAGAGUCAACGGCCUUCCGAUUCAUAAACCAACAACUCACUUUGAGAGAGCGCAAGUUUCCUUUCGUGAUAAGGGAUAAUAAGAUUAUAUCAGGAACUUGUAUGUUUUUGGGUUCUUGUCAUGGUCUUAUAUUGGUUAAUAUAAACGAGCAUAUCUACUUGUGGAAUCCUGCCACCCGAUUUUGCACCAAAGUGCUUGAGCUUGACCGCUUGGACGAAUGUGGCUAUUGUACACACGGCGGACUUUGUUUUGACUCCUCCAAGAAUGUUUAUAAGGUUGUGUUGAUUAUGCACCAUCAGACCCCAGAUUAUGGUGGUGAGUUUGUUAUAGUUGCCAGUCUUAAAGACAAAAUAUGGAAGAGAGUCAAAUUCCCUUACAAUAUCCGCUCAGUCCGUGGUGGGAUUACACUACAUGGACGACUUCACUAG